UUCGCCCGGCGGCCCCGCGGGGCACCAGCAGCUGCCGCGGGAGGAGGAGAAGGAGGGCGCCCGCAGAGCAGCGCGCCUCGCAGCUGCAGCCACGCGAUCCGCUUCCCGCCUCCGUCCCUGUGUCCCCGGGGCCGGCAGGAGGCCCCCGGCUCCGGGCGCUGGGUGGGAAGCCGCACCAGACCGAUGGGGGCGGAGGCGGCAGCCCUGUCGGGCCUGGCCGUGCGACUGUCGCGCUCGGCCGCGGCGCGCGGCUCCUACAGAGCCUUCUGCAAGGGGCUCACGCGCACGCUGCUCACCUUCUUCGACCUGGCCUGGCGGCUGCGCAUGAACUUCCCCUACGUCUACGUGGUGGCUUCGGUGAUGCUCAACGUGCGCCUGCAGGUACACAUUUAGAGCAACUAACUUUGCGGCAUUAGGCGGACCCCAUCAGGAUGGCUGACCGCCACUCACCAGCUCACCCGCCCUAGAGCAAAGUGACCAGCUCGCCACGCGCACAGACUCGCCAGCCCGUCCUGCCACUGCCCCUUCUCUUCAUAUAAAUGGGAGGCUGGAAAUCAUUAUUUGCGGGAAGCCUGCAAUAUAACCAAAAAGCCUAAGACACAACGAAAAGUUGAAUCUCGGAGUUCCCGUGGUGGCUCAGCGGAAACUAAUCUGACUAGCAUCCCUGACGACGCAGGUUCAAUCCCUAGCCUCGCUCAGUGGGUUAAGGAUCCUGUGUUGCCGUGAGCUGUGGUGUAGGUCGCAGACGCGGCUCGGAUCUGCUGUGGCUGUGGCUGUGGUGUAGGCUGGCAGCUACAGUUCCCAUUCAACCCCUAGCCUGGAAACCUCCAUAUGCCCUGGGUGCCGCCCUAAAAAGACAAAAGACAGAAAAUAAAAGUUGAAUCUCAAGGAAACAGCUAAUUCGAGAAACAGAAAAAAAAAAAAAAACAAACUUCAAACUCUCAAAAUCCUCAGAAAUAUUUGAGUUCUUGCAUCCAUAAAACAAAAGACAGCACGAACACUGGGAAAUGACAGUGAACACAGGAUGCCCAAAGGGGGCAAAAAGGAAAAGUUACCAACAGCUUAAAUAAGAUAGACUGUACAAGAAUGGCCCAAAUAGGCACAUCUUCCAAAUUAGAAAAAAGUGAAGAUCCUUCCAAUUGAACGGAAAAUUCUAAGCCAUAGAUGGGUGGAGUCAGAAGUUGGAGGAAGUUAAUCAUUUGAUCUGGAAGGCAUACAUUUCUUCAUCCCCAAAGGAA